UGUGGGAUUAUUUUAAAUCAGAAAAAAAUCCAUCUAUUUUCUCUGUCAAGUAAUCUUAAUGAAAAUAUAUCCUACUAAAAGGUGUAAAACGACACAUACUGAUAAUUUGCACCAGAUCAACAUAUAAAAUAAAAUCCACACAAAAACAAAAGCGUCCCAAAGGAGCGAUCGUAGUUUGACAUCAACGUAUCGCGAGAACGAUCAACGAAAAGUGUGCAUCAGAAUCGCUCUCGCGAUAGUUGAUGUCAAACUGAGAUCGAUCUGCGCAACGCUGCAUAAGGUCCAACCAUCUCACCUAAAGGAAAAUUUCUUUGGACGGCACGUGAAGCUCUGACCUGAUUGGCAGAUGACGUCACCUUGUUACACGUGCACCGCGCGUUUCUCUCAUCACCAGUAGGAGGUUUACCUGUGGAAAUCAGAGAAAUGCUAGAAAUACAAAUAAUCAAGAUUGAGGAUCCAGGAUGUCUGUGGGGUCGGGUUCUUAAAGGACCUGGCAUUCAGCCGGACGUUCCAGAGGAAUAUGACAACCUGAGGGUUAAAAUGAAUCUCUUCUAUCACGAGUUUGACCUGGAUGUAAAGAAAUUAAAACCUGCUGAACUGAAGGAGGGGAUGGUUUGUGUGGUGUUCAGCCCGGUUCGGAAGAUUUGGUGUCGGGCUAUGGUGGAGUCACUCUUUCAGGGAAUAGCGGGUAGCCAGGCCAUGUGCUUCUUAGUAGACUAUGGAGAUCAUGUGAACGUCAAAACAGAUGAUGUAAGAACUCCUCUUGAGAAGUUCCUGCAGCUUCCCUUCAGGGUGAGACGCUUUAAACUGGCUGGAAUCCGUCCUAUGACACUACAGGUGUCCAUCUACAAUGAUAAUGCUGAGCUUGUUCCAUCUUCUGUAUGGGACAGCUCUUCUACGAAAUACCUGCACAACCUUUUACAAGUGUCCACUCUGGUUGAAGCUGUUCUGUGUGAAACAAAUGCAGACUGUUCUUCUAUUGAACUCUACCUGACUAUUAAAAACACAAAGAUCUGUGUGAACCAUGAGCUCGUGGUGAAGAAGUUUGCAUGUUUCUGGAAUGAGAAGUCCAGUACGAUGGAAAGGGAUGGAGACCGCGCUCCGGUCAGCCUGGCGUGGGACAUCUACUCCAGUCCUCAUCAGCUCUUGGAGAUGAAUGGCUGUUGUCCAGUCAAAGCUCCACCCACAGACAUCUUCAUCACGGAGGAGAGGAAAGAGGAGCCACAGACAGAAAAGGGGCAGCAGGAACCACAUGUGAUGGAAAACGGGCAGCAUGAACCACAAGUUUUGGAAAAGGGGCAGCAGGAACCACAAAUGUUGGAGCAAACACACAAGCCAUCUCGGGUUAAACUUUCUAAAGUCCCCGAGCUGGCUCACAAUGUUGGAACAUACACUAUUGGUAGAGGCUGGCGUAUCAGAGCCGAAGCCACUGACAUCUAUACAGAUAAACCUGCAGCACAAUUACAAUACAAGAGGUUUCUAGACAGCAUUUUACCUUCACAACAGGUUUCUAAAUCUGAUGGAGAGAAGCCGAGCAGUCCUGUUGUAACAGACAGUGAGAACAGUUCAGCACCCGAACAAGAGGAGAAUCAAUCACUAUGUUCGAGUGGCUCUUCAGAGAAACCAGAUGAAGCAGCUCUCUCACAGGAGCCCAGUCUUGAUGAUCAGCUCGCCUGUUCUAGGCUCUUGCAGUUCCUGAGUCCUGAUCCGCUGAAUCUAGACCAAGAACAUUCUGAAGACAAAGUCGUGCGGUCUAAUCCAGGUCACGCUGGAGUUUUAGUGCAUUCGGCUCUUCCUGUAAACCCCUGCAGCAGCCUGACCCGAGCCCCCAUCAGCGAACACUUCAGAAAGUUCCUGCUGUGGAAAAAGUACACUGGGCCGAAUUUAGGGGAGAGAUACUGUUGGCCGGCUGUGGCCCGGGGUUGUGACACGCUUCUGGUGUCACACACUGGUGACAAUCCUCUCUCUUAUAUCCCACCACUGCUGAUGCACCUACAGGUGGUUUCUACCGUGUCCAACAUCGCCGCUCGCAUUGGGCCGGUAGCAGUGAUCUUGUGUCCAGGCUGGGAGAAGGUUCAGACGGUGUUGGAUCUUCUAGAGGAGAGCAAAGCAACUCACAACCUUCAUCCCACCAGUGUGCUUCUUGGUGUGGACCAGAACGAGCCUAAAAAGAUCAAGAUCCAAAGAAACUGUCAGUUGCUUGUGACGACGCCGUUUACCAUGAUGAGACUGCUGGAUGCUCAGUGCUUUCUUUUCCUGAGACUCUGCCACCUCGUGCUGGAUGAGGUUAAUGUCCUUUAUUCACAGGCUCCUGAACAGCUGACAGUGAUCCUGAAGCACUUCCAGAAGGUGGUGUCUGGAGAGGAGCGGGCCUCGUGCCCCAGGCAGAUUAUCGCAGUGGGCAGCCGCUGGUGUGCUGGGAUGGAGGGUCUGGUCAGGGACUACAUGAUUUAUCCCUCUAUUAUCAUAAGCGUGAUGGAGGAGGCUGCGCUGUAUGGUAGCGUACAUCAGACGGUUCAUUUGUGUCUGGACUGCGAUAAGAUCUCAGUGCUGCUCAGCUUUUUGGAUCUCCACCCCUCCAAACCCCAGAAGACCCUUAUUAUCACCAAUUCACCAGAGGACACAGAGCAUGUGUACAAGGCUGUGGUCAACACUGCUGUGUUUACACUGAAAGCUCAUGAAGAUGCGACGGACCAGUUUAACUUUGUGAAUGAUCAGUGGAGAAAAGACAUCGGCCCUGGAACACAAGUCGUUCUCGUUACAACCAACGACUGUCUUAAACCUCUUGGUAUUAGAGAUGCCACACGUGUGGUCCAUUAUGGGUUCCCCAGCUCUCCUAAGCUCUUCGGCAGCCGUCUCUUCUGCAUGUCGGAGAAUUUCAGAAACAUCUCAGAGCCGGAUCACAGCGAGAGCUCGUCUCCGGCGGCACAGUCCGUGAUGCUCCUGUCAGAGCAGAACGCCCGUCAUGUGUGCGGUGUGCUGCGGUACCUGAGGAGAGCCGGGGCUCUUCUGCCACCUGAGCUCCUUCAGUUUGCUCUGGGUGUCCAGCAUGCCAAAGAGGAGCAAAAAGCCAACAGACCUCUCUGCUGCUCUCUUAAGAGCUUCGGCUUCUGCAGAGACAACGUCAUUUGUCCAGAUAGACACACAAUCAACAAUACACUGGACCAUCCGCUUCACCCUGAUUCUGGAUCUGUCAUGGUUUUGCCGCUGUCCAUCAAAACGGCAAGUGUGUAUUAUGGCCGUGUUACGAGACAGAAGGAGGACGCUUACGAGACCCUUGCUGCUCAGAUGAAGACUCACUACAGCAAUGAAAGACGCGGUGCUGUGGAUGUGGUGGUGGGAGAACUUUACGCCAUUCAAGAGGAGGAUCUUUAUAACAGGGUGCGUGUGAUUGAGGUGCCAGAUAAAGGAGAACGGAUGUUCAGCAGCGUCAUCGCCUACUUUGUAGAUGAAGGGCGUACACAGGAAGUGAAGUCACACCAGCUUCUCCAGCUUCCUCCUCAGUUCCAGGAGUUGCGAGAUCAGGCGGUGGAGAUCAUUCUCUGCAGGGCUCAGCCCAUUGAUGGAGAGGUUGACUGGAACCCAAAGGUCACCAGAGCAAUCAGUCAGAAAAUCAAAGGAAAGCUGCAUCAGGCUAAAGUGGUGAUGUGUGUAGGCAAUGCUGUGUGGGUUGAUCCAAUGGUGCGCAUGACACGUGUGCCGGGCCUGAAGACUUACAUUAAUGAGUAUAAUGUUCAUGCUGAGAUCUUGGCCUCUGGGUUUGGUGUCAAUAACCCUCAACACUUGGAUCUGCUGAAGAGGGUUUUCCAUGGAGAAGACAACCCCACCCCAAUGGAUCAACACCAGAGUGACAGGUUAGAAAGCUCCUCAGUGUCCUCACAGCUGAAAGAUCAUAAUACAGAAGAGCUCUGUAAGACCUCAGAGGGUUCUGCCCUGGUCCAUGAUGUGCUCAAAAACACUGAUGUAGAAAACUCUUCAGAGGCAAACAUCAAGAUCAUGAGCCCUUCUGCCCUGAAUGGAUUCUCAUCUUCAAACCAAUCCAGAUCCUCAAGCCCUGAACCAGAUGAUCAUAUAAUUAAAGAUGACAAACUGAAUGUAAAGGAACUACAGACUGUUAAUAUACUGAAAAACUUGAACAAUUCUGGCAUCAUCUCAUCCCAGCCUACCAGUUUUCACCCACAGAUCAAAUGGUUUCAGAGAGGCGAGUUCAUCACUGUCUCUAUUAAACUCAUCAGUCCAGUGAUGCAGAAGUGUGAAUUUUAUUCCGACACAGUCAUUUACAGUGGUUAUGUGAAUGAGCGUCAUUACUUUGCGAAGCUUGAGCUGUUCGGUGACAUCAUCACGGAGGAGUGCUCAUGGGAAAUGAUGUGUAACGAGCCUGUGAUGAAGCUGAGGAAAAAGGAGAACAAAGACUGGAAAACACUUCUUAAGCACAAGAGUUCAUUUGUCAGCUAUGAAUUUGACCACAUUGAUGACGCUGUGGUUUCUACGGUAAAUGUGCAUUCGUUCUGGGCAGAUGUGGGUGAGGAGGGCUAUUACAUCAGCUCGGAGUCCUCCAGUGACAGUGAUUGAACACAAUGAAUGUCAAAUACAAAACUGCUACACAGCAAAUGUAUUGAUUUAUAUCUGUUUUGCAUAAGAAUGGUUAUGAAGCUUUACAAUAGGGUUCUGAGUAACACUUUACUAUUUAAGGUUGCAUUUGUUAACAUUAUUAAAACUAACAACUUUAGUUUACGUGAAAUAACAAUAAGCAAUACUUCUGUUUGUCAUUUAUUAAUUUUAGUUCAUGUUAAUUUCAGCAUUCACAAAAACGUAUAGAUUAUCUAAUGCACAUUAAAUUACAUGAACAGUCGUAUUGGUAUUGAUAAAUGUUGUGAAAAUAUAUUGCUCAUUGUUAGUUUAUCUUAGCUCACUGCAAAAAAUUAUUUUCUUACUUAGUAUUUUUGUCUUGU